AAGAGACGAAAUAAUUUUUGAGUCGCACGUCUGCUUGCGAAACACACGAUUUCUCUUGUAAAAAAAAAAAAAAAAAAAAAAAAAUUAACAAGGAAACGCGGCAGAAAUGAAGCUCAAAUCGAAGUCUUCGCAUCACAAAUCUCAGAACACGUACAGGUUUCUGACUUUUGCUGAAAGACUUGCCAAUGUCAGCAUUGACAUCAUCCAUCGCAUUGACAGGACUGGAAGUUAUGCAGAGGAAGUAGAAACAUACUUUUUUGAAGGACUGACAAAAUGGAGAGAUCUCAACUUGACAGAACAUUUCACAACAUUCUUAAAAGAGGUAUCCAACAAGAGUCAGUCAUUCAACCUGCUGGUUUUCCAUCAGAAUGCGAUAGUGGAGAGUCUGAAAACCCACCUAGCAGUCAAGAACAGUCUGGCCUACCAGCCGCUCCUUGAUCUGGUGGUGCAGCUGGCCAGGGACCUGCAGACUGACUUCUACCCCCACUUUCCUGACUUCUUUGUCCUAAUCACUUCACUCCUGGACACUAAGGACACAGAACUGCUGGAAUGGGCUUUCACCUGCCUCUCCUUCCUCUACAAAUACCUUUGGAGGCUCAUGGCGAAAGACAUCGCCCACAUCUACAGUUUGUACAGCACACUGUUGGCCCACAAGAAGGAACACAUCCGCAACUUUGCUGCAGAGAGCUUCUCUUAUUUGAUGAGAAAGGUUCCAGAUGUUGACACCCUCCUGAGUCACAUUUUCUCGGACCUGCAGCAGAACCCGAGCAAGGUGGAAGGAGUAGGCCAGCUGCUGUUCGAGAUGAGCAAAGGUGUCCGAAAUAUGUUCCACUCCUGUGCUGAGAAGGCUCUGCCUGUGGCGCUACGUAAACUCGGUCCGACAACCAACCCAACACUGUCUCUGCCCUGGGAUGCGGUCCGGGAUGCUUUGGAUCACAUGGCCCAGGCUGCAGCCGAUCAUGUUGACAAAGAACACUUCCUGGUCUUCUGGGAGUCCCUACAGGUCAUUGUGGUGGAGGUCCUAGCUGUCCUGGAGGAGAAGGGAGACCAGUCGCAGCAGGCAUCAGAGCAGCUGGAGAGGCUGCUGUUUGUUUUCCACACCCUGGUGUCCCACAGGGGCGGGGCAAAGAUCACCAAGCCAGAAGCUGUCUGCCAGACGGUGCUGCAGCUGUUGCAGAGCUCGGCUCUGUCACCUUCCUGCACCCGUUUGCUCCUCCAGAUCACCUCCUGUCUGCUCCUCGGGGAGAACAUCGGCCUGCCUAGAGCCCUCAUCCAGGAGACGGUCCAAACUGUGUUUGGCAGCAGGACGGAGCAAGACCUGAUCCUGGAGUUCACCAAGGAGACGUUCGCCAUGAGACACUUUGAACAGCUCUUUCUUCCCAGUCUGUUGCACUUCACUGCCGGCUUGUUUAGUUCCAGCGAUCCGUCGUCUCGUCACUGCGGCCUGGAGGUGCUGAUCAGUCUAAUCCUAGCCAAAGCGCCGCCUCCCACAGAUGGCGCCAUGGCAUUUGAAACCUACCCUCUGCGCUUCACUAGACUGUCCACGAGAGGGUUGAACUCUACAGAGGGGGGUGGCGUUGGAACGGCAGUGUCAGAGCUGGUGCUCUCCCUGAUCAGACAUCCCCAGGAGGAGACCGCGACCCUCGGUGACCUGUCGCAGCCCUGGGCAGCGCUGGUGCUGCUGCCACACCUCAGGCCUUUGUCUGCAGCUGACGUCCUUCCCACUGUGACCUCCUUCUUAAACCGCCUUCUCUGUGAGAUUGAGACUGAAAAACUAGGAAAAGCUGGUCUGUUUGUAGCCAGACAGGCGAUCAGCUGCCUCCUCUCUCUGGAUGUCUCGGCUCAGCUCCUCCCGUUAGUCGCUGUGGACAAAGUCACCGCAGUCCUACAGAAGUUUCCGACAGACCUGUCAGCCCUGUUGCUAGGAGACCUGUACUUCACCCGUCUGUCACUCACCGGCGUUUCUCAGCACCUGUCCCACAAUGCACUGCUGGAGAUUUUCCAGAUUCUGCACCCAAACCUCUCUUCCAACGUCUCCAAAAUUCGCCUGCUGACUCUGAGGAUUCUGUCUCACUUUGACGCGGAGCUUCCUGCACAGAAGGAGGGUGAGGAGAAUGUGGAAGUGCAGCCGGUGUUUGCCGUCUGCCUGCAGGCCGAACUGGUGCCGGCGUCCGUGCAGGACUACAGAGACAAGCUGCUUCACCUCCGGAAGCUGCGGCAUGACCUGGUGCAGCGCAGUUUGCCACAGGGGCCACAUGGUACCUUUGAGCAGGUGCCUCUGCGUUACCUCAUCGCAAUGCUGUUUGUCAAUUUUAGGCCACUGUGGGAUGCCGUCAUUGAGAUACUAGUGAGUCAUGCAAAACAAAUGGACAGUAAGGUAUUCUGGCAGGUCUAUGGUGAACAUCUGGAGAUGGUGGCAGGACUUUUUGAAAAGGAAUUGGUUAAGGAUAAUGAAGACGGGGCAGAUUACGAAGAGGAAGAAUCGAAUCUUCAUGGCGAGCCAGGCUGCAAUGUCAUUGAAAGCGGGGACCUGGGUGUGCUUUUCCUACAGCGUUUGAAGUCAACCUCUGACCUCAACGAGAGAACAGACUUCAGUAACUUUCGCAUGCUGAUGUGGCGUGCCAUGGUGCAGUUUCCCGAGAGGGUGGAACCCCGCAGUCGAGAACUGAGCUCCUUGCUGCUCAGGUUUAUCAGGAAUGAGUUUUAUGCAGCUGACCUCCUGGUGGCGCCCACUCAAGACCUGAGGAAGAGAAAUGCUGCUGAGUUAGAGGAGAGUGAGAUGGUUGUAGAGGAAGAGGAGGAGAAAGAGGAAGGAAACAAACAGCAGAAGAAUGCUCCUACAAGGAACGCGGCCGCCAAACAGCUGGUCACCCACCUGAAGGUAUUUUCCAAAUUCACCAACCCUUGUGCCCUUUACCUGGAGGACAGCCUCAGGGAGCUCUACAACCGGCUGCUGUGCCAUCAGAACCAGCAGAUUCAGCGAGCGGCACUAGAAUGUCUUCUCACAUACAAAGACCCCAACGUGUCACCUUACAAGGAAAAUCUCGAGAGGCUCCUGGACGACAAACACUUCAAAGAGGAGAUUGUCCAUUUCAACAUCUCCGAGGAGACGGGAGUGGUCAUGGCUUCACACAGAGCCACACUCAUCCCACUGCUCAUGAGGAUCCUGUUUGGGCGUCUGCGCAGUAAGGCGGGCAGUAGGUUCCAGGGGAAGGCCUUCGCUGCUUCCCGCUCCUCCAUCAUUUUACGUUUCCUGGCCGGUUGCCACACAGAGGAGCUGGGAAUGUUCAUGGACCUGCUGCUGGAGCCCGUCAGUCAUCACAGUCAAGGUUCCUGUCUGGCGGCGGUGGAGCGGGCGUUAGCAGAGACGGACGCCGGAGCUGUCCUGCCUCUGGGUCGUCAGCACAGCCUCCUGAACACAUUCAACACAGUGAUCCACAAACUGGGCCACCUCAUCCACAGCUACCUGCCCAAAGUGCUGCAGAUCUUGCUAUGCGUCACCGCCUCUGUGUCUGCCAUCCUGGACAAGAGGGACCAGCUGAAGCCCGGUUGCAUCAAUCCCCUGAAGAACCUGCGGCGACUCGGCGUCCUGAGGAUGUACGAGUUUUUUGACAACUUCGACUGGUACAGCUUCAGCUCAGACGAGCUGGACGCGGUGUUCCAUGCCGUGGUUUGGCCUCAGGUGCACCGGCUGCCCACUGAGAGCCCGUACUCACCCACGCCUCUGCUCAAACUCAUCCACGUGUGGUGCAAAAACGCCAGAUACUUCCCCCUGCUGGCGAAGCAGAGGUCCGACCACCCAGAGUGCGAUGUCCUUUUUAACGUCUUCGCCCUCCUCUCAUCCAAGAACGCCUCUGCAGCGACCAUCGCCAUGGUAAUGGACAUAGCUGAGUCCCUCGCAACCACAAAUGACUUUGUGGCCUCAGAGACUGAAGCAGAACUGUGCGUCAACGGCUGUGUCUUCCCGCAGCCUGAAGAGGGCGCUCUCAUCACUGCAGAGCCGUUGACUUGUGGCUCCAGACUGCUGCUGCCUCACGUCUCCGCCCUGCUGCAGUACUUCCGUGGAAUCGUACGCAAUGCUGACAGACUCAAAAAGAAGAAGUUCAGAGCGCAGGUGGCCAAAGAGCUCAACAUCCUCUCCAAGAUCAGUCGUUUUGUGGGCGACAAGGAGCAGAGUUCAGCUCUCAUCGGCCUCCUGCUGCCGUAUCUGCAGAAAGGCAACAACUCUCCGGAGACACAGAUUGACAUCCUGGCCACACUGCAGAACCUGCUGAGGCAGUGCACGGAUCCCUCUGCCUUCCUGAGGCCACUCAGCAAGCUGUUCUCCAUCCUCCAAGGCAGACUGCCGCGGCAGGCUCUUGUUAACGUUUUCCAGACUCUUUCAGAUCUGGAUCCGUCGCUCACGUACAUCACAGACGUAACAACAAAGCUUAACGCGUUUGACAGCCGACACUUGUAUGAGAUUCACUUCGACGUGCGUCUGAUGGCCUUCCAAGACGCCACCAAGCGCAUCAAAGACAUGCAGAGUUUGGACCUGGACUACAUCAGCGCCGUCAUACACAACUGCUUCUUCACAUUUGAGAUCGGCGACAUGUCGCUGGCCGACAACGCCACCUUGUGUCUGUGCGCGGUGAUCACUCAGCUGGCAGCAGCCGGUGCUGGAGAUCAGGUCUACAAGGACGUGGUCCAGCACACCAUCCUGACUGCUGUGCACAAAGGACUCCACAGCAAGGCUGAGAGCGUACAGCAUGAGUACACCACCGUGCUCGCCUGCCUGGUGAAAACGUUUCCCUGCAAAAAAGAGUUCAGAGACCUGGCGCAGCUCACCAACUACAGUGACCCCGAGUCCGACUUCUUUGAGCACAUGAAGCACAUCCAGAUCCAUCGCCGCGGCCGCGCGCUGAGGAAGCUGGCCAAGCAGCUGACUGAGGCAACUGUGGUGAUGACGCCUCGGUCCCUCCACAACUACAUCAUGCCGUUCGCCAUGACGGCUCUGCUCGACGAGAAGAUGCUCAAGCACGAGAGCAUGAUCUCGGCGUCAGUGGAGGUGGUGGGCGCAGUUUGUCGCCGGCUCACCUGGUCCAAGUACCUGUACUACCUGCGGCACUUCAUCCACAUCCUGCAAACCGCCCAGGCGGAACAGAAACUCGCCGUCAGUUUGCUUGUCAGCGUUCUGGAGGCUUUUCAUUUUGACCAUCAGACCCUCAGCAGAGAAAUGGAGGCUGCCAAAGUCAGAGAAGCGGGGGCCGUGCCAGUCAAAGCUGCUGAUGAAGAGGAGAACGGUGGCGCAGAAGGAGAAUUACACGCAAGUGAUGAGGAGGACGACAUGGAGGUCGACAGUAAGGCCACUCCUUCUGAUGUUCCCAUGGAAACGAACAACGCUUUCAGAGAAAAGGACGACACCUCCAAGGAAGCAGCGGCUGUUAAACAUGAGGUUUCCAAAUACGUGGCGGGGGCCAGCGGGCUGCCGCAGAGCAAGGAGGAGCUGGAGUGGCUGCUCGCCACCAUCCACAAGACCGUACAUGACACGGUGUUGCCCCGCCUCCACAAGUGCCUGACUGCAAAGGUAACUCGAGAUGACGAGCACAAAGCUGUGAGGUCGAAGGACGUAAAGGACGAGGAGGUGGUGCGGAUACCGAUUGCCUUCGCCAUGGUCAAACUGAUGCAGUCUCUGCCUCCGCACAUCAUGGAGACCAACCUGCCCGGGAUCCUGAUCAAGGUGUGCGUGCUGCUGAGGAACCGCUUCCAGGAGAUCCGCGACGUCGCUCGGGGAACUCUGGUGAAAAUCCUGGAGACUCUGGGCUGCAGGUACCUGUUGUACCUCCUCAGGGAGAUGCAGGGGGUCCUGGUCAAGGGCUACCAGGUCCACGUGCUGACCUUCACAGUGUUCCAGCUGCUGUCCGCUCUGAAGCCGACCCUGAAGAGCGGAAACCUGGACUCCUGCAUGAACACGCUCAUCGAGAUUUUCAACAAGGAGCUGUUUGGGAACGUGGCUGAGGAGAAGGAAGUGAAGGGAAUAGUCUCCAAGGUGAUGGAGGCGAGACACAGCAAGAGCCUGGACUCCUACCAGCUGCUGGCGCAGUUCUGCAGCAAGGACAGCGUCACCAAGCUCAUCCUGCCCCUGAAGAUCCUGGAGAAUUCAUCGAGCCUGAAGGUGUGUAACCGUGUGACGGCGGUGCUGCGGAGGCUGAUCCUGGGUCUGCUGGAGAACAGCGGCAUGACUCCCCAGGACAUCCUUCUGCUGAGCCACGGCCUGAUCAGCGAGAGCCUGCCGCUGCUCACCAAGAGAGACCGAGAGAAAGUGUCGGCUCCGCCUCCUACGGACCCGCGGCUGCCCCCUCCCAGCUGUCUCCUCCUGCCGCCGUCUCCCAAAAGGGGCGGGAAGAAAGCGCUAGUCAGCAGCCAAACCAACAUGCACAUCCUCAUGGACGCCGGCCUCAAGCUGCUCCACAUGAGUCUGAAGAAAGCCAAAGUGACAUCAUCUGAGGCUUCAGCUCUGGAGAUGUUGGACCCUUUUGUGACACUGCUGCUCAACUGCGUCAACUCCAUGCACGUCAAGGUGAUAACGGAGGCUCUGGUUGCAUUCACUUGGCUGUUGAAGUUCCCUCUACCUGCAGUGGAGCAGAACGUCGGCCAGCUGACUAAGCAGCUCUUCGUCCUACUCAAGGAUUUCUCCAAGGCUGGUGCUGCCCGCGGGGAGAACUACCAUCUGGUCCAGAACUGCUUUAAGGUUAUUACCAUACUGGUGAAGAACAUCAAAAGCAACAAACCCUCUGAGGCACAGCUCCAGGUGCUGCUGGGAUACGCCGAGGAGGACAUCUACGACCAGUCCCGCCAGGCCACCGCCUUCGGGCUGCUGAAGGCCAUUCUGUCCAGGAAGCUCAUCGUUCCUGAAAUGGAGGACGUUAUGAAGAAAGUCGCCAAGUUGUCAGUAACGGGCAGCAACGCUAUGAUCAGGAUUCACUGUCGACAGAUCUACCUGAAGUACCUGCUGGACUACCCGCUGGGGAAGAAACUGAGGCCUCACCUGGAUUUCGUGGUGGCUCAGCUAAGUUACGAGCACGACACAGGCAGAGAGUCUGUGCUGGAGACGCUGGCCUACAUCUUUCAGACGUUCCCUCAGAAACUGCUGCUGCAGCACAGUGGUUUGUUCUUUGCUCCGCUGACACUGGUUGUUGUCAACGAUGACUCUGCGCGCUGUAAGAAAAUGGCAGCCAUGGCCAUCAAGGCCCUGCUAUCCCAGCUGGACCUCAACCACCAGGAUACCUUGUUCUCCCUUGUGACCACUUGGUUGAAUGCAGAAAAAACGAACUUGCGGCGUCUCGGGGCUCAGGUCUGCGGUUUGUUCGUGGAGGUGGAGGACGAGGCAUUUUCCCGUCGCCUGGACAACCUGCUGCCUCUGCUCGAGAGAGAGAUUAACCCAGACAACUACGAAGAUAUCGAGGAGGAGCAGGAGGAGAAAGGAGCAGACCGGCUGCUCUACAGUUACCUGACGCUCAUCACCAAACUGAGCCAACACUGCACCCUGCUGGAGCUCGAAAAGCCUCGCGAUACGCUUUGUCAGAUCUGGGGUCAUGUUGAAGCCCACCUGCGGUACCCUCACUGCUGGGUGUGGCUCACCGCGUCGCAGAUCUUCGGCCAGCUCUUCGCUGCCCGGCGUCCGGAGGACCUCCUCGCCAUUUGGAGAGGCGAGGGAGACGACUCAUCGACUCAGAUGGCCGCUACGGCCUUCAUCACUAGGAAUCUGGACAAGAAGAUGAGAGCGUUGGCGUUAUCCUUCUGCCAUCAGCUGCAGUCCAAGUUUCUGGACACGGCGUCUGGAGAGCAGGUGAUCAAGAACCUGCUCUUCGUCGCCAAAGUGAUCUACCUUAUUUCCCCAGAGUCUGACGUGGCACCACCUGAGGGCGCCGUAGAAGAUGAGGACAAGCAGAGCGAGAAGGAAGAUGAAGACGAAGCAAAGCAGAAAGAAAAGGACGAGGACGAGAAGGACGACCGGCCUCCUUCUCUUCUGUGGCUCAUGAAGAAGCUGUCGCUGAUGACCAAGAGAGAAGCAGCAAACACUCCCAAAGUUCCCCUGAAGAGAACUUGUGUUUUUAAGUUCCUGGGGGCGAUGGCUUUGGACCUGGGGAAGGAACGACUCGGCCCUUACCUGACCACAAUCAUCACACCGCUGUACCGCGAGUUGGACAGCACUUAUGCAGACCAAGAUCCUACGUUAAAGAAUCUGGCACAAGAGCUGAUCGAGCUGCUGAAGAAACAAGUGGGCCUGGAGACGUUCUCGCUGGCGUUUUCCGCGGUGCAGAAGGAGUUUUUGCACCGACGAGUGGCACGCAAGCGACACAGAGCCAUGCAGGCGGUGGCAAACCCAGAUAUCGCCGCCAAGAAGAAGCUCAAAAAGCACAAGAACAAAAUCGAAGCCAAGAAGAGGAAGAUCGAGUUCCUCCGGCCAGGAUACAAAGCCAAGAAGCACCGGAGCCACGCCCUCAAAGACCUGGCCAUGGUGCAGUGACGACAGCAUAGUCGUGUUUCGAACUGAUCUACAAGGUAUCAGCAGGACAGUCGAGUUUGGACUCAAAGACGUUAUGAAACUCAGUCCGUGUGAACAUUGUCCUGCAUUUGCAGGACACUAAUCUCAUGGCGUUAAAAUCCUGAGGGAACUGAAGUCAAAGUAGCGGAUUUAAAAAAAAAUCAAGUUAUUUAAAUACGUUUGACAUGAUUAACUGCAUAGUGAAAACAGAAAACUAAUUUCUAGACAAAAUACCUAAUCUACACUCAGCGUAAGAAAACCAAGUAAAAUUUCAGUAAGAUAUAAUGACUUUAUUUUCACUAAUACAUCUCA